AUGGCCCGGCCCAGCCCGGGAGUCCUUCCGCAGGGGCCGGGAUGGGGAUGGGGUCGCGUGCCGGCCCGGCCCGGCUCGGAUUUCCUGCCGCCGCGGCCGCCGCCGCCGCCGCCGCCAGGGUCCGCGUCGCCCCGCCCCCAGCAGUGCCCGCCCAGCGGAAACCACGCCCACCGCCGCCCUGGUCCGUCUCGCCCAAGCGGAGGACACGCCCAGCGCCGCCCCUCCCCCAGGAGUGCCCGCCCGCGGGGCCACGCCCACUGCCGCCCAGGUUUUGCGUCGCCCCGCCCCCAGCAGUGCCCGCCCCGCGGAAACCACGCCCACCGCCGCCCUGGUCCGUACCGCCCAAGCAGAGGACACGCCCAGCGCCGCCCCGCCCCCAGCAGUGCCCGCCCCGCGGAAACCACGCCCGCCGCCGCCCUGGUCCGUCCCGCCCAAGCGGAGGACACCCCGAGCGCCGCCCCGCCCCCAGCAAUGCUCGAGCCCCGCAGAGGCCGCGCGCCCCCGACCUGGGCAUCCCUGACCCUGUGUCCCCGCCAAGGCUUCCUCCCCAGACCCGUGUGGCCCCAACGCCCACGUUGCCCCAGCCCUACCCACAGUGCCCCCCCACACGCAGGUACCGGGACCCCAGCACCCAGGGACAGCCUCGCCCUGGGCCUCCUGGACCCUGAACCCAGCCCCCAAGUACCCCGGCGCCCGUGGUGGCCCGACGGCCUGCCCGAUGCCUGGAAUCUGAAGUCCCAGGCCUGA